UCGAAACCGUCGAUUGUGCUUGUACCGGGCGCUUGGCACGUCCCUGCUCACUUCAGUCAGGUCAUUGAAAAGCUCGAGGAUCAAGGAUACGUCUGCGUGGGCGUCAAUCUACCCACCAAUACCCGAAACCCUUUGGUGGAUGGCCGUCUACUUGGCAUCGAGGACGAUGUAGCAGCCAUACGAGCAGCGGUCAUUAGCCAACUCGACGCCGGCAAUGAUGUAGUCGUAGUCACGCACUCCUACAGCUCCGUCCCCGGUACCGCAGCCCUCACCGGCCUCAACCUGCAAGCUCGCAAAAUUGCGGGCAAUACCAACAGGGUCGUCGGCGUAGUCAUCAUUUCCGGAUUCAUCCUUCCACCC